UGAUGACGUUCCUUUUGCUGUUCUACGACCUGGCCGCAGCUGUGACAUUCGACAUCUCGCAAGAUCUCUCAUUGAACGUGUUUAUGAAAAUGAUGCAGGAAAGCAGAGAACUGGCAAAUAGCAUCAAAUGCAAUCCUGAUGAUCUUAAUACGCUGCAAAUGAUAAAAAAAGCUGGUUAUCCAGCAGAGGCUCAUAUUGUACAGACGGAAGACGGUUACCUCUUAACACUUCAUCGUAUUCCAGGUGAUAAGAAUCAGUCAUCUGUAUUGUUGCAGCAUGGUCUUUUAGGCAGCUCCGCCGACUGGGUCAUUCCCGGCAAGGAUAAAGGACUUGCUUUUAUAUUGGCCGAUCAGGGAUAUGAUAUUUGGUUGGGUAAUUUUCGUGGAAAUACUGACUCGAGGGCGCACAUUUCUUUAUCUCCAUCGGAUUCAAGAUUUUGGAAUUUCAGCUUUCACGAAUUGGGCAUCUAUGAUUUACCUGCGAUGAUCUCGUAUAUCACGAAUAUGACGUUACACCCAUUGCACACAUACAUUGGUCAUUCGAUGGGUGCAACUGCUUCUUACGUGAUGGCAGCAGAACGUCCAGAUAUUGCCCGAAUAGUGCGAACAAUAAUUAGUCUUGCACCUGCAGUUUUUGUAAAACAUAUAAAAAGUCCAAUACGAUUUUUAGCUCCUUACGUGAACAAUUUAAAGAUAAUCGCGCAUUUCUUCGGCGAGGACGAGUUCCUACCACAUAAUGGUGUGCUGCAAUUUCUGGCGAAGCACGGCUGCGAGGUAACGUACGUUGAAAAGGAGAUCUGCACCAACUUAAUAUUUUUAAUCUGUGGAUUCGAUGAAGAACAAUUCGAUCACACUCUGCUACCUGUGAUUUUGAAUCACGAUCCAGCCGGUGCUUCGACCAAAACAAUGGUGCACUUCGGCCAGGAAAUCGAAUCGGGCAAAUUUCGCCAAUAUGACUACGGUCGCGAGAAAAAUCUGUUGAUCUACAACGCAACUGAACCGCCGGACUACAAUCUAGCGAACAUUACUGUGCCAAUUGGGAUAUUCUACGCAGACAAUGAUUUGUUGGCUGAUAGUUUGGAUGUGAAGAAGCUAUACAAAUCGUUAUCCAACAUUUUGGACUUGUACCGAGUACCAUUGCCUAAAUUCAAUCAUUUGGAUUUUAUCUGGGGCAAAGAUGCGCCUAAGUUUGUGUACAAGAGACUGCUUAAGAUCAUGAAGAAGAUUUGAAUCUGUUUAAGAUCCUGAAGUAGAUAAUCAUCA